GAGUCGUUUCACCGCGGAGUCCUGCGUCCUUCGAGUCCGUCCACUUUGGACCAGCGAGAGCCACAGUAUCUGCGUUCCUGGGAUUUUCUUACAUGUCUGUUUUCCUCAAAAUGAGCGUUAGUGUCGCUUUCUUAAGACCUUUUGCCAGGGUGCUGGUGCCAUUUGCCCUUCAUAGGAAGAGAAGAAAUUUAUAUUCAACAAUUCUGCAAAGGUACAUGUCUUCCAAUAUGCCAUCUGUUCCCUGUUCCAAUAAGGAGACUACGUCCCCUCCUGAACAGCUAGAAUUGGAUGGAUGGAAAGCUACAAUGAAGUCUAGUGUGCAAAAUGGUGUUUCAAUAGUCUCAAGCAGUGAGGAUGAAGAUCCUCUAGUGGCCACCAGAGAGUUAAUUGAGAUGUGGAGAUUGCUUGGCAAAGAAGUACCAGAGCAUAUCACUGAAGAAGAGCUCCAAACCAUUAUGGGAUGUGCUUCUAAAUCAUCCAAAAAAAAAUAUUUAAAAUAUUUAUUUAUUAAAGAAAAAGCAAAGAAAGCUAAACAAAUAAAAAAGGAAAUGAAGGCAGCAGCUAGGGAAGAAGCAAAAAAAGCCCAGCUUCUGGAAACCACUGAGGAAGAUAAAAGACAAGACUUUCUAUUUUUGCGACUUUGGGAUAGGAGUAUGAACAUUGCAAUGGGCUGGAGGGGUGCCCAGGCCAUGCAGUUUGGACAACCUUUGGUUUUUGACAUGGAUUAUGAUAAUUAUAUGAAACCAAAAGAACUGCAGAAUGCAGUUUCCCAACUUUUAGAAAGUGAAGGAUGGAACAGACGAGACGUAGAUCCUUUCCAUAUUUAUUUCUGCAAUCUAAAAAUAGAUAGUUCUUAUUAUGGAGAGUUGGUUAAGCGGUAUAGAGAAAAAUGGGACAAAUUGCUUUUAACAGUGACAGAAAAGUCUUAUGUAGAUUUAUUUCCAAAGGACAAUAUUAUAUAUUUAACUGCAGAUUCUCCCAAUGUUAUGACUACUUUCAGGCAUGACAAAGUUUAUAUAGUUGGGUCUUUUGUUGAUAAGAAUAUGCAGCCAGGCACAUCCCUAGCCAAGGCAAAACGGCUGAAGCUGGCAACGGAAUGCCUUCCAUUAGAUAAAUAUUUACAAUGGGAUGUUGGAACUAAAAAUCUCACCUUAGAUCAAAUGAUGCGUAUUUUGUUAUGCUUGAAAAACACUGGUAGUUGGGAAGAGGCUUUGAAGUUUGUUCCAAGGAGAAAACACACUGGUUAUCUGGAGAUUUCUCAGUAUUCUCAAGAGUUUGUCAACAGGUUGAAGAAGGCAAAGACUUUCGGUUCAUUUUCGAAAGUUUCUCGGAACGUACGCACACAAAAGGUGACUUGAGUGAGAAAAUGGGAUAGCUUAAAACAUAAACGGCAUUAUAGUUCAAUUAGUGUAUUUCUUCCUGAAUGGAAUUCAUUUUCUUUUGAAGGUAGCCUCUCCCAACUAACUGCAAGGUUGUGUCUUUUCCCAAUUAAAUAUCUGUAAAACUUUGGGAUUAUAUUUUGUUUACUGUAAAAACACAAUAGUUUGGAAAAGUAAAAAUCAAGUUUACAAAACAGAAUAGUCAUUAAAUGAUCCUGGUAAAACAA